AUGGCACCAAAAAGACACUUGGGACUUGCUAAAGCUGGGAAGGCAAAACGUCUGAAGACUUUAUCGCCUACUCCCGAUGCACAAGACUCAGUAACGGUGUCCUCCGUCAACAAAGAGGCUGAUCCAAACAGUACUCCUGAAACUAACAAUGGCACCGAUAUUGCCGUGGAAGGAAACGAUCAAUUACCCGAGGAAAAGGUGAGUGUUGAGUUGAGUGCGGAUGUCGAUAUCAACGACGCCAUGGGUCAACUCAGAGUUCUUUGGCGCAACUUCAUUGCAUCAGAGGAAAGGAAUGAGUUGAUGGUGAACGCUGUGGUGCACGAAUGCGACAGAAUGUUAAGAAAAUUAGCUCAGAGACAAGAAGGAAAUAUUGACGAGGAGAAAAUUGUCCUUCUGGGUGACUUCUACAGUAUUUACGCAAUUGCUUUGUCGUCUUUGGCAUUUUUCCACACUGAAAAUCCAAAACUGGUCAAAGAGUUUUUUGAGGCAGCAAGAGAUAGAAUUGAAACCGGAAAGCGUCUCUAUCCAGAUAGUAUAUCCAUUCUUUUCGCUGAGGCUCGAAUUCUCAUCAAUCUGAUUCCAUUGACUGAGAUCAGUCAAUUGGAAGUAGACUCAAAGAUAAAUUCUGAACACAAGGAUGCUUCAGUUUUGCUUGAUCGCUGCCUCAGUUUAUAUGAGGAAGCUGAGAAAGUCUCUGAAGAAAGAAAAGAGUUUUCUUUCUUUAAUCGCGAAAAUUCCGACUUUUUGGAUGCUCUUGAUGACUUGCUUGAGAUAGUUGACAACUUUGGCAGAGAGCAUCCCGAAGGUGAUGACAGUGAUGCCAGUGACAGUCCGGAUGAAGUUGUGUUGAGCAAGAAGCAUCCAUUGUACGCUAUUCGCAAGACGGACAAGUACAGUUUGUGGUGGAGAGAGCACUGUCAGAGGUUUCUUGAGAAUCUUGAGAAAAACUUGGAGCAAGUAAGAAAAUCUGACGAUCAAGAAGAGAUAUCAUCUCUCAUCAAUUUAAAGCGCGAGAUGUCUAAAAGACUCGGUGACUCGUUUUUAGCUGAGGCUGAAAUGCCAACUACAGUGUUUACUACCUUAGCUUACUACUCGCGCGGAGAAAAGGAAGUUAACGGCAUGAACUUAGAGCAAUCACGAGAAUUGUGUAAGAGUCUUUACAAGAAGGCUUUGGUUUACUUAAAGGAAGCCGAAGAUGAGGAGGAUCCAGACUCAUGGGCUUCCGUCGCCGAGGCUACAAUUUCUCUAGGAAACAUUUACGACAUUAGCAGUGAGGAGCAAGAGAAAUUGUACAAGGAAGCUGAGUCAAUUUUGAUUCGUGCAAACAAUGCUACCAACGGCAAAUACGAAAGCAUAUUGGAAAACCUUGUCCAGGGCUAA